AGAGGAACGUAUGCUUCGGUGUACUUUAUCGGGCAGAGCACGUCCAGCUAAUCUCCGUUUACAUUGGCCUUUACUCUUGAAGAUACCCAAGAGUUCCCGUUGUGUCGGCUGUGCGUCAUCGAUGCCUGAUUAGACUUGUAGUCUGACGUCGCCGAGCACCAUUCAAGCAAAAUACCUCACACAAUGUUGAAAGUCUAAAAUGAUUUUUUAACGCAUCCGGGAUGACGAAAACCACUUUUUUUCUUUCUUAUAUAGAGGUGGAUCAACAAGUUGCCUCCAGUGCGUAAUUUCCAUCUGAGCAGGUCUGAAGCGUAAUCCGCGACACACGUGAUCGACAAAUCACUCCAGCUGCAAAUAUUUCUCAUUUGUCAAGAGAAAUAAACCCCGGACGGACGUGGAGACGCAUCUUGUGUGAUUACGGCGGGAAUCAAGAGCUGACGGGCCUCUUGUUUCGCUGCGUCUCCAGAUGCUCGACUGGCCGCCACAUGGUAACUUUGCGCACACAGCACGCUGCAAAGGGCACAUAUAGAGAAGGAAUCUGAAUGAACGGGACUGAGAUUUAUUCGCAUUUCUCUUAUCGCCACCCCCAGACUGUUGUAUGUGUAUUAUACCCUGCCGGUUGAAGGUGUCUCACGUUGUCAGCAGAUAUCAAUUCGGCGGUGGAUAUAUCAAUCACCCGAACAGUGAGCAGCAAAUGUCGAAGAAACGGAAAAGUCCUGAUGACCAGGACUUUGAGGACUAUCCGCCUGCAGGAACCAGCGACCAAGGCUUGACAGAUGAGAAAGUGAAGGCCUACCUCUCGCUGCACCCGCAGAUUCUGGAUGACUUUGUGUUGGAGAGUGUGAGUGCAGAGACGUUGGACAGAUGGCUGAAGAGGAAAACCAGCAGCAGGCCUGCAGAUGACACAUCCUCUAAAGAAGUCAGCAGGUACCAGGACACAAAUAUGCAGGGUGUGGUGUACGAACUCAACAGCUACAUAGAGCAGCGCCUGGACACUGGAGGAGACAAUAAACUCCUGCUCUAUGAGUUGUGCAACAUCAUCAAAACAGCAACUAAAGCUGAUGGAUUUGCACUUUACUUCUUGGGAGAAUGCAACAAUAGUUUAUGUUUAUUCACUCCAACGGCGGCCAAGGAUGGGCCUCCAUCCCUCAUCCCCUCUGGCCCCAUCGCAUUUGGGACAACCAUUGCCGCUCAUGUUGCCAAGACUCGCAAAACACUGCUAGUAGAGGACGUCAUGGGGGACGAGAGAUUCCCCGACGGCACAGGGCAGGACUCAGGGAUCCAUGUUCACUCUGUCCUGUGCCUCCCCAUCGUCACUGCCAUCGGGGACCUCAUUGCCAUCGUGGAGCUUCACCGGCACUGGGGCAAGGAGCCCUUCAACCUCAGCCACCAGGAGGUUGCUACAGCUAAUUUAGCAUGGGCAUCAGUUGCUAUUCAUCAAGUGCAGGUGUGCAGAGGCCUCGCCAAACAGACUGAGCUCAACGACUUCCUACUAGACGUAUCAAAAACAUACUUUGAUAACAUUGUGGCAAUAGAUUCUCUACUUGAACAUAUUAUGAUAUAUGCAAAAAACCUGGUGAAUGCAGACAGGUGUGCACUCUUCCAGGUAGAUCACAAUAACAAAGAACUAUACUCUGACCUGUUCGACAUUGGGGAAGAGAAAGAAGGCAAACCUGUCUUUAGGAAAACCAAAGAAAUUAGGUUUUCUAUAGACAAGGGAAUAGCUGGCCAAGUGGCUCGGACAGGGGAAGUCUUAAAUAUCCCAGAUGCCUAUGCAGACCCACGGUUCAACAGAGAGGUGGACUUGAAAACUGGCUACACCACGCGGAACAUUCUGUGCAUGCCCAUUGUGAGCAGGGGGACCGUUAUAGGUGUGGUGCAGAUGGUGAACAAGUUAAGCGGAAGUGCCUUCACUAAAACAGAUGAGAACAACUUUAAGAUGUUUGCUGUCUUUUGUGCUCUGGCCUUACACUGUGCAAAUAUGUACCACAGGAUCCGACACUCUGAAUGCAUUUACAGAGUGACGAUGGAGAAACUGUCUUAUCACAGCAUCUGCACAUCAGAAGAAUGGAAGACCCUCACCCAGCUCAACCUCCCUGCACCUAUUUAUAAAGAGAUUGAAAUGUUCCACUUUGACAUCAGUCCCUUUGAGGAGAUCUGGCCUGCCAUUUUUAUCUACAUGGUUCAUAACUCCUGUGGAAAGACCAGCUUUGAGCUGGAGAAGCUGUGCCGGUUCACCAUGUCCGUAAAGAAGAACUACCGCCGUGUGCCCUACCACAACUGGAAGCACGCAGUGACGGUGGCACACUGUAUGUACGCCAUCCUACAGAAAACCUCUGGGAUCUUCACAGAGCUAGAGAAGAAGGGUUUGCUAAUAGCCUGUCUUUGCCAUGAUCUGGACCAUCGGGGGUAUAGCAAUGCCUACCUCCAGAAGUUUGACCAUCCACUGGCUGCUCUGUACUCAACCUCCACCAUGGAGCAGCACCACUUCUCUCAGACUGUUUCUAUCUUGCAGCUGGAAGGGCACAAUAUUUUCUCCAACCUGACUUCCAGCGAGUACGAGCAGGUGCUGGAGAUCAUUCGAAAGGCCAUCAUCGCCACAGACCUCGCCCUCUACUUCAACAACCACCAGCAGCUGUCGGAGAUGCUGACCUCAUGUGCGCUGGAUUUGAACAACCAUUCCCACAGGGACCGUGUGAUUGGUCUGAUGAUGACAGCAUGUGACCUGUGUUCUGUUACCAAGCAGUGGCAAAUCACACGACUCACAGCCAACGACAUCUAUGCUGAGUUUUGGGCUGAGGGAGAUGAGAUGAAGAAGAUUGGGAUCCAGCCGAUCCCUAUGAUGGACAGAGACAAGAAGGACGAGGUUCCCCAAGGCCAAGUGGGAUUCUACAAUGGUGUUGCAGUUCCAUGUUACACGACACUUGCUGAGCUUUUUCCUCCAUCAGGUCCUCUGCUAAAGGCCUGCAAAGAGAACCUGGGCCAGUGGGAGAAAAUAGCAAGGGGAGAGGUGGAGGACAUCGUGCCCAGCCGGCCUUGUGAUUCGGGCCCUGUUAAGGUGGACAACUGACAGACAAAGGAGGGUUGCUUGCUCACCAAAGGAACACAGCCUGAAUCCUGCCGUUGACCCAGACCAUUGAAGGGGAAUGAACCCGCAAUCUGUGUUGGCAGGAGACGGAUUAGAUAAAGGCGACUUGACUUUCAAAACACACACACACAGUUACCUCAUCGGGUGACGGAGGUGUCAACACUGACGGUUUCACCGAUCCCAGAGAGUGACAGACAGUUGUUGGUGAGGGAAUUCAAUCCAUCGCCCUACGUCCACUCAGCUUGGGAAUUCACUUGGUAGAACAGACUUGGUUGCUUUAUUUUGGCUGUAUUAUGUUAUUUUAUUAUUUUUCUUCAUAUGAGCUGAUUCCAUUAUGGUCUUGUAUUUGCAGAGGCCUUAUUCUGAACCUUUCACAGGCUAGGAUAUGUGAAAUCUUGUUGUCAGUUCAGGCUUUUUUUUUCCUUUCUUUUUUUAAAACGGUACUGUUUGCCUUCUGUGUUUGCCGUAUGCGCACUACUUCAGCAAGGUAUUCCCAGAGACAGAAGGAAUGUGUGGAGCAGAUGUAGGGGUGUAAUGCCAUCUCAUUGAGAAGGUGGACACUAGAUUUUUUUUUAUUACUUUUUCAGCAAAAAUCCUUUGCAGUACUUGAAUAAAGACAUACAGCCUAUUCUGCGAGGAGAUGGCAGAAAUCCCCUGCAGUGUAUGCUACAAGCGUGAAUGAACUGUGAUGAGUUACAUAAUGCCGACAUUUGUGAAUACAGUCACAAGAGAGUCACAAUGUUUCCUGAAGUGGACCCCGCAGCCUUUUAGCCCCAAGCGUGUAGAAACCUGCUGCACAGUACAUCAACAUCCUUCGGAUUAACAGGAUCUGACCCCAGAUCAGCAGUCACUGUUUGUAGUACGGAGAUCAGGAAAAAGGAAUGAGCAAGUUUCCCGUUCCAGAUGUUUAUAUUAGGCCAAGACUGCAUACUGCUUAAUAAUUUCCUCUCUCAUUUUUGAAGCCACUAUCACAUCAUCAAUUACUUUGCACAACAAGUUAACUAAAGAAUGACUGUAGGAAGUGGACUGCAUAGUUUGGGAUGUUUUAUCUUCUCUUUUUUUUUUAUAAGCAAGUUUCAUAGAGGCUGAAGUUAACGGCAAACAGUCAUCUGCUUCAUAUUUUCCCAUAAUGUCAAACCUGUUAAGCUAAAGUGAAAUAUGUCCAACUCUGGGAUUGCAAGUGAAGAAUGUAGUUUGACCGUUUGCCGGUGUGUGACUGAAGUUUCCCUCGAAGGAAAUCAAUCAUUUUACACUUUUACACUGAUUCUCCAA